AUGAGUUACAACAACAUAGUUUCUUGGAUGCUUAUAACAUUCACUGCUGCUAUAUCAUGUGUCCUGACCUAUGUAUUCUCUAGAUACCAACACGAUCCUUACAUGGAUGAAGUUUUUCAUGUGCGCCAAACAUUAAAAUAUAUUCAAGGAAACUGGAAGUUCUGGGACAGUAAGAUCACCACACCUCCCGGUCUUUAUGUGGCUUAUGUGUCCGCUUACAGAGUUUUGAGUUCAUUAGGUGUACUUCCAUCUGAACCUACUGCAGUGCAUUUUAGGUUUUCGAGUGUUCUGUUCAGUAUAAUUAAUCAUAUAAUUAUACUUAGGCUUGUUAAAAUCAUGAAAUGCAACUCUCCCAAUAUUCUAGCCAUCACUAUCGCAUCAGAACCAUUAUUCCUCUUUUUCUCUGCCUUCUAUUACACUGAUCAUUGCUCGAUUUUAUUCGUCAUGGCCUCUGUUUACUUUAGUUUAUUACAUCACGACUGGUUAAGUGCUCUGUUUGUCUCCUAUGCUGUCUUCACACGCCAAUCAAAUAUUAUAUGGGUUCCUCUUCUUAUGUCCAUUCAUACUUCCGGGAGCCUAUCACAAAAUAUGUUCGGACACGACCGAUGUUCCUCAACCAUGUGGAUCAAAAGAUUACUGUACAUGUUCACUACACAUCCACUUUCUGUCAUACUUGUUAUGCUGAGAAGUGUCUUCCGACCGUGUUUACCUUUUGUCUUAGUUUUAGUUUCGUUUAUAUCUUUUGUUAUUAUAAAUAAAGGUAUUGUUUUGGGUGAUAGAGAAGCACAUACUGCAGUUUUGAACAUCCCUCAAUUUUUUUACUUUGCUACUUUUUGUGCACUUUCUACUCCCAUUCAGUUUGUGGGUUUCAUAGUAAAUAGCAUAAAAUCAUUUAAAAACUUGCUUGUUAAUCGAAUUUGGAGGGUAUUGAGUAUAUUUCUUCUGCUCAUACUACUUUUUGUCCUAAUUAUAUUAAUAUCUUUGAAGUAUUGUCUUUUUAUUCAUCCUUAUUUGAUUUCUGACAAUAGGCAUUAUACUUUUUAUAUCUGGCGAAAAAUCAUAUAUAGAAAUGUUUCCACGUAUUAUGGUCUGUCUGUUGUUUACCUGGUAGCGACAGCGUACUUUGUGAACACCUUGUUCUUUUCUUAUCGAAACAUACCAUUCGGUCCUUUUAUAGAACGCUUAGUUUUGUUAGUGUGCACUUUCAUUGUUGUAAUUGCUUCUGGUUUACUCGAAUUGCGAUAUUUCUUGAUCCCAUUUGUAUUAUGGCGCAUCUUCUCCUUUUCACAUACUCAUUAUAAGUAUUUGCUAUGUGAAGUUUUGUGGAAUUUAUUGAUUGUGUUUAUUACAGCAUAUCUCUUCAUCUUUAAGCCGUUUGAAUGGCCAAGUGAACCUGGUGUGUAUCAAAGGUUUAUGUGGUAG